AUGGGCGUAUGCGAUAAAGGUCGAUGCUUGGGUUUUCUUCCCGAUAAGCAGGACAGUCGACUCUUCAGGUGCGUGGAGGGCUACUGGUGCGACGUAAAACCAGGAGACAUCCCUGGAAAAGGGAUAAAUGAAAAGUUUGAGGUUAUUGCGACGACACCCUCAGAGCCGUGUGGAACUGCAAGGAACUUGAAACCCACCGAAUCUCUUUUUGCCAAUGCAAACAAAUGGAUAUGUGACUCGUCUUCACCGACGUCUUGCAUUUUCCGCGCGGGCGUCGGCCACCGACGGAACAAAGCGCAUACUGUCGAAGGCGUUCGCCUCUGUGGCUGCCCGAAUCUCGACAUCAAUGGAGACGAUAUUCCUUGCAACCACGUCAGAGAUUUCUUUGUUCCGCUCGGAGUAAAUGCAUUUACAUGCAUCCGAAACCAACAAUGCACUCUCCAGUCAAUUGCUGCCAAGAGUGUCGAUCAAGCCCUCAAAGUCAUUCCCGUCGCCGCCAAUUUCAGCUGCGGGGCCGAAGCUGCGCUCGACCCUGAAUAUGUUAAGGCCAGCGCCCUGCCGUGCAUAGCCGAUGUGAAUAACGACGGAGUCUGCGACAUCAACCUGGGAGUAAAUCGGGCACUUGGAACUACUCGCCUGUGCGGCUGCAGCGGCCAAGAUGUAGGAGGAAACGGAAAGACGUGCGACGAAGCUUCCGACUUUGAUCGCGACCUCGGUCUCGUCGCGAAUGUUCAAUGUAUCGUCAACCAAGAUUGCCCGAACAACGCCUUGUGCGCGAAAGGGGAGUGCGUUGAAGAUGAUAUGGAGCCGUACAUUGUGUCGAUGUCUCCGAUGAACGACACGUUCUCAGUUCCACCGUUGACCUACAUCGACCUCGUCUUCAACGAAAACAUAAAAUUUGGGCGCCCUGGAGCGGCGCUCCUGAUCGCAGUCACAACGCGAAAAGCCUCGCGAUCGCGUGGCACUGCCGAGCCAAGCGUUUCUAGUCUGCAGUACCUGAUCACGCUCCCCAACAACGCUUCGAGUUUGAAGAAGGUUUCCGCCCCAUUCUUGCCUUCCACCACCGUGAGCUCCCGCCUCACGGGCCACGCCUCGGCGCUGGGCGAGGAACGAAGAAGAACAGAAGCUAAGCUGGGAACUUCUCCCUCGUUCGGAAAACGAGCAAGAGAAAGCGUAGAAGAUGACCCGCAUGUGGAGCAGAGUUCACUCUUGACAGGCUUCGGAACGACUCCUGUGGGAACGCCACAAACAGGCACAUCAAUCAGUGGUGCUAGCCUCAAUUCGACAAGUCAGAGUAAUAAAUGGACCGUCGAAAUCAUAGGACAAAAACUCCGAAUCACACCCGAUAAGGAUGCCACCUCGCUGCCCCUUGGGGACUACCGCGUAGGCAUUGAAUUUGGAUUUGUCACCGACCUCAUCGGAAAUAUGAACAAAGGAGCAACGAACCUCACAUUCACACUCGCCACAGAUGCAAACUGCCCCUUCUUAUAUGUCACAGGCUUUACGACUGAGAACGGGAACUGCAAUGGUCUGUACCUGCCUGCCGAUCCCAUGAACGACCAGGCCAGUUGGCAAGGAGGGGAGAAGAACGCCUUUUUCAUUUACUGGAAGAAAGAGGUCCGAGAAGGCGGGAAGGUUCAUCAAGGCGGGAACUGGAUUGUCGACACAAACUACGACGAAUCGUCAUUCUUGGCGUUCGCAGAUCUGACAGAACAUGCUGACAAAAAAGGAGGCAGGAACGGAGCUCAUCCUCCUUCAGGUUUGUGGCACAAGUGGACCGGGUCGAGUCGACGGGCGCAGCCCCACAUUUCGAUGUUUUGCGCACUGUCACCGGAUCGGUCUCCAGCGUCUCUGACCUCCGUCAAUCCGUUGAUUGGCAGCUCGCUCCCGCUCUCCACGUCUUCGCUUCUACCCCUCCGCCCGAUCACGCUCACCUUCAACAAGCCGAUGAACUUUGGGCACUGGGCCACCAUCAAACUCAUUCCGCGACGGCUCGCCGAGCCGGCGGACAGCGACGGAGAAAAGGCGGGAGGAGCAGGAAGCCCAAUCGGAGAGAAAGGCGUGGUGGUGUGGAUCCCUGAUGUUGAGGGAAACAUGCGUGGGGAAACUAUCAAAAUCUUCAAUCGGCCUGCGCGGGAAGUUGUUGCACGGGCGCUAGCGGCAGUCCCCACUCUCGCUUCUCUCGGAGCAGGCGACGAACAGAGCGAACGAGACGAUCUGCCAGGAGAGGUGGGUAACGCCGGAAACAGCGAUGCGUCCUCGGCAACACCCCCGGCACAGUCGCCCUCUUCCUCAGCAUCCUGGGCACUCCUGAGAGCUUCGUCGGCUCGACGGCUCCAAGCAAACGCGUCGGCUUCGCUUCCGGCGGCGCGCGCCGCGCUGGAGAACCUGGUGGGGGUUGUCGAACUGCAUGUGACUGAGCCGCUGAUUCCAGGGGAGACAUACGAUCUCGUUGCGGAGCUGGGCAGCCUCACAGACUUGGCCUACAAUCCUUGGGGCCCUGUGGAGAAGGGAACGUUGGUGUUCCACACGACAGGGGGGAGGUGUGCUUCAAACGUUUCCGACGGAAAUCUCGUCUUUUUCCCGUCUGUGGAGUCCUCGCCCCCUGCCUCCCUCACGGCUGUCGGAAGCCACAGGCCCAGCAAGCGGGAUGGGGGACAGGAGGAGCGCGAGGAAGGCGGCUAUUUCCUCGCAGAGAAGGGCCGAGAGAUUCUCGGCCUCCACGCUGGAGCUGGAAAGGAAGGCGCCGACGACGGCACUGAGGUUCGCGUGGUGUGUCGCCAAGGCUUCUCCGUCCACGCCUCGCUCAAGGGAUCGAAAGACGCAGAAGAAACGCAGCUCACGUGUGAGGACGGCCGGUGGAAAAGCUACAAGAGUUUGCCAAAGUGCUUCGCUAGCUGCGGGCCGUUCCCCCUGCUCCCUGGAGGCGCCUACGUCAUGGGCGGAGACGUGGGCGGCGACGGCAUCGAAGGGGAGUCGCUGGACAUUCGGUGCUCGGAAUCAGCCGAAAUCCUCAGCCCGAUCUCCAGGCAAACGGUCGAGUGCCGAAAUGGAAAGUGGGAUGCACUGCGAGUCAAAUGCGGCGCAACCUGUGCGCCUCUCGGCCCCAUUCUCGGCCCGAGAUACCGCGUUUUCAUGCAGACCCAAGCCCAGCGCGAACAGACAAGUCUCGAAGGCGACCCAGAAGCCCACGCCUUCUUCGCCGCAACCACACCGUCUGCUCGCGCAGGGACAGGCGCGAGAGAGCUGGGAAGUGCCAAAGCGCUCGAAAACCGAGAGGCCAAGGAAGGCGAAAUGCGCACCGUUGUCUGUGCCCCAGGGACCAGCCGAGUGCCGGACCAGACACGCGAACACGCGCCCUUCUCUGCCGCGCCUUCGUCCUCGCGGGGGACGCGGUCGGCCAAAGGAGACAGUGGCGAGGGCGAAGAAGCGCUGUGUGGGAAAUCUGGGUGGAGCAAACUGCUUGUUUCAGACAUUGACACACGAUUCGAGGUGCGUUUUUCUAUUGGCUUCGUGUUGAUCAUGUCGUCUUUCCUCCGAUUGCCUGAUCUCCGGUUUCCUCCUUUUUCACACUCCCGGAUUUGGGCAUCUGGGUCGCCUUGUUCUCGCGCUCCCCAAACUGUCCGCCUUUUUCCUGUCCUCCCGGGCGCCUUCUCAGGCUUUCUUCCUUCCGCGGCGACUCGCCUUUCCUUCACAACCACGUGCGAAGACGGCCGGUGGCAGCCGCUCUCGCCGCCUCCGCGUUCCUCUUCUCCCCUCUGCGUGCCGCGGUGUCCCUCGCUGGACCUGCCUCCCAACGCUUACUCAGUCUCUCCGUUGCCGGAUGCGAUAGGGCCAGAUGGCGCACUCCAGCAGAGGCUUGAAGUCACGUGCGCCCCUCAGGCUGUGUCGGUCGGCUCCGAGACACGUCAGGAGAUGGUAUGCAGCCGAGGAGGCGUGUGGAGUCUUUUGACCGUUCAGUGUCAGGCGCCUUGCAGCUUUCCGCUGCUUCAGUUGGGAGAUCGGUAUGAGCUACACGACCAGGAGGAGCACCGUGGUCCUCGCGCGACUGUCUCUCAGAGGUCGUCGGGUGUUUCUCCAGCUCCGCGGGGCAGUCUCGGGACUUCAGACGCUGCUGGAGACGACGUGUACAAACACGGAACAGAACUGAUGAUUGGCUGUGCCUCGGGAGCAGCCGCUGACGGGGGCGGAGCGGCAUCGGCUCCACACAAAAUCGUGUGCAGAGACGGCUUGUGGAAAUCGGCAUACCGCGUGAUGGCCGCGGGACCCGGAACAAACAUCGGCACCCGCGCAGGUGUAGGUACACCUGGAGGUUCGUCUGCUGCACUCAGCGGCGACCCGGUGCGUGGAAACGUGUCGGGGCCGAAUGGAGGCGGACUCCUCCCGAAUGGCGUUUAUACGGCCUCCGCGCCUUCGCCCUUGCCACAGGCGGAAGUCGAGUUGAAGUGCAGACGUGGAUGCGGCGUCCCAGCGCUUCCGCCGGAGUUUCGGCCUUUGUUCCUCGCUCCCCGAGUCGCUCUUCUUCAGCGGUGGCACCACGAGCAGCAGCUCCAAAUUUCCUGCGCCAAGGGGUUUUCCGCAGAUCCACGGCGACACGAGGCAAAUGUGGACAACUACGAGACGCUCGUCUGUCGCGACGGCGAGUGGCACAGCCUGCACUCGAGUCCCUCCCGGAAAAACGGUGGAAGUCGAUCCAGCCUGUCUUCGCCGACUCAGGCUUCGAUUCCAGGACUGCAGCUGGCGUGUCACCGCGGCUGCGAGGCCUCGGAGAUCCGCAGAGCUGCGCAGCUCCACCACUUUGAUUUGCCCGCCUCGUUCGGCGUCUCAGGCGCCUCACCUCCCUUUCCGACUGCGUCGCUCCCGCACGGCGGAACUCUGGCGGUCAGCUGUCAACCGCAGGUUUCGGUGCUGGCCGGGCCGACUUCCGGCGCGAGUCUCCUUUGUAAGAACGGCUCGGUCGCCCUGCCACACACAGUCUGUGGGCAGCCGAGCUGCACAGACGGCGUCCAGAACGGAGACGAGACUGGAGUGGACUGCGGCGGCUCGUGUGCUCCCUGCUUGUCGUGCUCCGAUGGCCUCCAGAACAACGGCGAAACCGGCGUGGACUGUGGGGGGCCGUGCCCCGCAUGCAGCGCGUGUGCGCCGCCACUUCCCUCUCAGUUGUUUGCGCCUGGAGUCGAGCCCGACCUCGAGGCGCUCGGAGCUCUCCUCGUUCUUCCUCCCGCGUUAUCGCCAGACGCAGACGGCAUGGGACCCGAGCGCGCAGCGAUUUCCAACCUCCGGCCAUUUCUUCCUUUUUCCGAUUUGCUCACCCAGAUGCGCAGCGACUUUAGCAGCAGCGCAGGCGGCUUGCCUCCGGGAUCCGCACUCCACCUGCACUGUCGCCACGCGAACGGCAUGUCUCACCAGGUUUCAGCCGCCACGGGGCAGUGGGCUGUUUUCCGGUGUUUGCGCGGCCAGUGGCUAGCUGCCUCGGGUCGGCACGGCGCGCACGGCGCCUCCGCUCGUCCCGUGCCUUCUGCGCUUUCCGGAGGGCCCUCGUUUUUCUCGUGCCCCAAACCCACGUGCGCCGACGGCGUGAGGAACGGCGACGAGACUGGCGUGGAUUGCGGCGGGAGCUGUCCGAAAAAGUGUCCUUCGUGUUUCAACGGCAUGCGCGACGGAGACGAAGAGGACGUCGACUGCGGCGGAUCAGUUUGCGAGCCGUGCGAGUUCUGCUCGCCGCGCCCGCUCAAGGAGUUCCUUGCCAGCCGAGAACUUUUCCUCGUGAAGCGUCCGGGGCCGCAAAACAAAGCCGAAAGCAGCGCCUUUGAGAAGCACGUCGACCGCCUCUUGACGGACGAGGGAAUUGUCUCUUCUGUGCUGACAAAGCCCGGGCAACAGCUGCAAGUCAAGUGCAAAUCUCGCAGUGGAGACGAGGGCCUUCUCGUCCAGUGUCGGAACGGGAUCUGGGCUCUCGCCUCCCCCUCCGCGUCCGUCUGGACGUCGCCCUCGUUCUCUGCCUUCUUCGCUAGCAGUCGAGGAACGGGUAUGUGGUGGCCGAAGCAGGCUGCUGACGCUCGCCAGGCUCUCACGGCCUUUCGCCUCGCGUGCGUGGCUUCACACGCGGACGCGACCGCGCCUCUCGAGGGCACCGGAAUCAGUGCCCUCGACCUCGCCUCUUCAGCCUCUUCCGCGUCGGCUGCCUCGUUUUCCGCUAGCUCUACCUCUUCUUCGCUUCCGGCUGUUCCGUUGACCUGGCGAAUCGGUGGGGCCUUGGCGACGUUUGCCGUCCCGGACAUUGGGGUAACUCGGGAGGGCUCUGCGCAUCCGCCGUGCAUCUCGCGUUUGCUUGAGGUUUUCCGCUCUUCGCUGCGCGGCGAGUGCGGCGCCCUAGCCUUCGGCUCCUCGGCCCUGAAGCUUUCGUCCUUCUGCUCCAACAGUUGCACCCGGGCGCUGAAGAGUGCGCUGGCUGGCGCCCUGGGCGACUUGGCGGAAACCGGAGACAGAGACCCGCGCGACGGAGACAGCGACAAGAGCGCGCGCUCCCCGUUCCACGGCUGUGCGUCGGCUGAGGACGGAUUGCUGGCGAAGAAGAUCGCGCUUCUGCUUCGCGAACUGCUCGCCACCUGGUGCGCACAACAGAACGGGAUGUACUGCUUCGCCGAGGCCGCAACUUCGUUUCAUUUUCUGCGCAAUCUGUACUCGCAAGCCGAGGCUAGUCCCGCGUUCUUCCAGUCGGAGCUGAAAGGCCACUGCCCCGCAAACAGCUGCUUUCGAAGCAACGUCAAACACGUCCUGUUGCUGGCGGAACUGAGCGACUUGGUGGACAUUCGCUUGCCCGCCUACUUUGCGGGGAGCCUCGGAAAGGAAGCAUCGGCAGGGCCCGGGGCCUCUCGGGCGCUUCGCAGGGCGGCCUAUAGCCAGAGAAGACGGCGACGCCUGGGGGCGACAGGCGGCGCAACUCCUGGCACAGACGCCGGAGACGAGGCCGCAGGAGACACCCCAGACGGGAAAGCGGGAACACACAUGGAGCUAGAGGGGAUGAGGCAAAGUGAGGGGGAGCACACUGAAAAACGACAGGAGUCAGAGGAAGGUGGUGACGGUGAUGGAAAACUCGCCGAGACUGGAGACGACUUGGAAGAGGUCCGAAUCGCGACGGCCUCUGUUUUCUCCCCCUCGAGUUUUGCCUCUCCUGCUUUGUCGGCUGGUCAGCCUCGUCGACUCUUUCCCGCCUCUCUGUCGUCUUCAGCGGCUUCGGCCCUUGUCCGAGUUGACCUUCGUCAGCGCGCCAGCUCCUCGUCUGGCGUUUCAGGAAAUCGCUCCGCGGGGUCGGGACAGUCCUCCGCUUCUCUUGCAGCUCCACGGUUCGCUUCUCGAGGGACGCAAGGGUUCUUGGAAGACAUCCGCAACACUCUGGAGAUUCUGGAUCUGCUUUGUAUCGAAGUCAACGGCCAAUUGUGUGUCGAAGACGUCCUGCAAGUGGGCACACGAAACCCAGUCUUCGCCUCGCCGUCGGGGAACGACGAAGGCGCACAGACUAUCUGCAGGAAAGACUCGUGCCUCCUUGAGGUUACUCGCGUCUUUGGGCAGAUGCUGAUCGACGCAGCAGAUCGGCAAACCCAGAACUUUUUCGAAAAGCGGAUUUUUCACAUGCCGCCGACAGCCGGGGGGAAGAGAGACGCUCUCGCGUACAACCGGGUAACACCUCGCUCCGAUGGGAAUUCAGCAGCAGGACUGGUGGGACGAAGAGGCGAAGGCAGCGCACAGAGUUCCGGUGUACAGGCACCUGAAGAGGGAGGAGGACAGCCGUCGACAAGUGACUUCCACCCGUACGACGUUGUCCUAGGCGUGCUAAUGAAACACUGGGGACGGACCUUCUGCCAUCGCAACAUUCGUGGAUCUCUCUGCGGAGGUUACGUCUUCCCUUCGGCACUUGACACGGCGCUGGCGGAGCAAAGCCGUGGCUCGUAUGUUCCGACUGAAAACGAAAAGAAAUACCGCGUGUGCACCUGCCCUCAUACUCUCAUCGGAGACGGAGACUGCGAUCUGCAGUGCUUCAAUGAGGCAUGCGGAUGGGAUGCGGGCGACUGCCUCGCCACUGAGGUCCUCUUUCCGGUGUACAGACACCUCGUCAAUCAACUGGGAACCGAAAUCGCAGACGUGUGUAAUCCUUUCAAUGCGCGCUUCUCAUGCGACAGUGCUGACGCGUCCACGUCGCGGUCGGCCUCCUCAAGCUCCCACCGAAAUUGCAGCCACCACUUCACCCUCGGAACCGCGUCGGCUGCGUCGCCGUCAUCGGCCUCUCUUGGCGGAUCACUAAGACAGCGAAGAGAGGCGAAGGAAGGCAAAAACCAUGAGGAUGACCACCCCCGCGUUGCUGCGCAGCUGUGGAAAGGAGACAUCUGGAUCCAAGUUGACCGGUCGUCGACGUUUUUCGAGUUUGCGUGCAAGCGGCAACUCGACCGUACGUGCUCCCGAGGCUUGAAUCGGUUUGCCUACGCCGUCGACAUGAAGAUCACGAACGUCGACCUGGACUCUGUGUUGCAAUCGCCGUCGGCCUCCGAGGCCUUGCCCCAGAUCUCCGGUCUCCCCACUGCGUCCCCGGGCGCGUCGUCGCCUCCUUCGUCGCCUUUGCUCGCUUCUUCCUCUCGCGUUUAUUCCUCCUCUGCCAGUGCGGAUGGAGAGGGAGGCGGGCGCGCAUCCGGCUCGGCCGCCCGAGAGCGCAGCCUGGCGCUGGCCACGACUUUGUCUCCGAGACAUACAGAACUUCGAAGGGUGCUGAGAGAAGAAAUCGCCUCUCUGCUGGCAGUGCCUGUAGGAGACGUUGUGGAAAUGCGCCUGUGGAGAGGCAGCAUCGAUGUCGCAGCGGUUGUUGAUCCCGGCUGGCUGGCCAACACGGCAAGAUUCAAGGACCGUCUUCAAUCUCUUACAGAAAAUCCCGAGUCGCCGCUCUCCCUCGUCACGCUUCUCUCCUCUGCGCUGACCCGCCACUUCACCUCUGCUUCGCGUGCUUCGCAUGCGUCGCCCCUGCUGGCUGUUUUGCCGACGUUGCCGGCGCCCCGCCUCCUCGCCUCGCUGAGAGAGGACGCGGCUUCGCCGAUCUCGCUGUCUCCGGUGCACACGAAAAUCUCGCAAAUCCCCUUCCAAACGGCCUUGCCUCCCUCUCUCCCUUCUGCGGCCUCGCAUCCGCUCUUUGGCGCCUUUGGCGUCGCCGAGUUGCCGGUCAUCUCACGGGUCUGCGUGGGGACGCAAGGCCUUCAGCCUCCCGAAGGCACCUCCGUCUAUGACGCGUACAAAAUUUGGGCAAACUCGGGGAGAGGCGGAGUCGGGAACGAACACGGCAGCACCAUGGUGGUCGAAUGCAACGCUGGCCACGAAGCAGUCGAAGGUGAAGCCCCGCAGACUCUGGUGUGCAACCAGGGGCGAUGGGAGCCUUUGCCUCCCGUCUCUCCUCGGAGCCUCGCCAAGGAGUCUCACCACCGGAUUCUCGUUUGUCGCCGGCCGUGCCAGCCGUACGAGAAGAUUGACCCCGCAGUCAUGCGGCCGGAGUUCAUUGUUAGUGGCUACGGGACUUCUGACGGCGACGCGAGAACCGUCCUCUGCGCUCCCGGAUAUAGCCCUCGCGACGUGGAGACGUCAGGAGCUACCGAGACAAUCGAAUGUGUGAAUGGAGAGUGGCAGCCGGUUCGCCGGCUUCUCUGCGAAAAAGACUUCGCCGCACUCUCUGGGAGCACUAGCAGCCCGUGCAGCGGUGCACUCUCCGGCCUCGAAGAGAGCUAUAGACUCACGGAAGUCCCGCUGCUUCCGUCCGCCAACCCCGACGUUUCUCCGGACCUCGCCACGGCUCUCAAAAUCCGUUUGCAACCCCACGGCACAACUGUGCAAGUGUUCAAAGUCGCCUGCGCACGGGGAUACACACACGCGCCCACUCAGAGUGGAGGGACGAGCGCAGGAGCGCUCGGGGCAGGCACGUCCCAGGGCGUUAGCAGCGGAAAUGCAGGGAGAAGCGCCUCAGGGGAAGUGUAUCUUGCGUGUCUCGACGGAGGCCUCGUCGGGUUAGGAAGUCAAGAGCUGUUCCCGCUCGGGGGCUCCGCAGAAGGCCACAGAGCUGAGGCGCUCGCUGAGGACUUCACAGAGCGGUUGCGGAAAGCGACUCCUGUGAAACUUCCAUCCCGAUCGCACGCCCAUGGACUCGGCAAUGGCUCGGACCGCGAGGACGCACUUGCGGGGCACGGCAGACUCUCUAGGGAACGACCCGCGUCUUCUCCCGGUCUUGCGUCCAGCUUUUCGGAAGAGCUCAGCGACAUCCAGAAGAGCCUCGUGUGCCUGCGCGACGUGCGCCUCGAUCCGCCGCUGGGGACGAAGCCGCUGAGUGACACGGCUAUGGUUUUCCUUUGUCUGCUCAUUCUCUUUGUCCUCGUUGUGGCCCUAAUUGCAGGAUGGUGGUUGAGAAAUGCGCGGAAGAAGCGAAAAUCUGGCAAGCUCGCUGGGCGCGAAACUGGGAAGAACCUCGAUGGUGACCCUGAAGGAGAUGAAGACGCCGAGGUGGAAUCGAAGAGAAAUCUGGAUUUCAAGCGACGAACCACGGGAGAAACGGUUAUGAUGGACGGAACCGUCAUGGUGUCCGGCGCUGGGGCUGAACAGUUUUUGGCAAAUUAUCUCUUCGGGACUGGAGGCGCGAAGCUGUUGCCGGCAGGCGAUGCGUCGGGGAGAAGUCGAGACGGUCUCCCUCCAGGGGCCGUGGUGCUAGGUCGUCUCAAAGAACCAGAUUUGGUCGCAGCUCAAAUGUACAUUGACCAGGCACACGCUGAGACUUCGCCGUCGUUCGCGAAACCUUCAGAACUCCUGACAUCUGCCACAGCUGCGAUGGUGCUUGGCAGCACGGACGCCGCUCACCAAGCAUUUUUGCUGCUACAACACCAGCAGCAAAAGACCAGAGGGCAGGUGAGGGGGACGAAGACGGACCGCGAGUUGUCACAGACAAACCAAGAGUUAGGCAGUCACCCUGGAGCUCGUGAUUUGACGGAAGCAGGAGAGGAAGGAGACGAACGGAGAGAAGGAAACGGGGGGGCAACGACCUAUUCCCUAUCGCCAAUCUAUCUCGCGGGUCUGCCAGGAGACAGCGAAUCCGUACAAGAUGUGCGCGAGCAAAGUACACUGGAAGAGGAGUCGCAGACUACGGCAGCUUCCCAAGAACCCCGUGCCUCGGUGAUGAGUGUAGACCAGCAUCAACAGCUUCAUGCGCUUCUCCAGCAGCCCGGCAGAAAUCUAGGACUGCACGUGAACGAGGCCGAAGGAGAGAGGUACGCGCUGGAUCCUCAGCGCCGGCACGGGACAGGUAGCUGCCCCGCUCAGUGUUUAAGGACGAGGGACGUCUUCGCAUCGUCUCUCGAACAGAGGUACCCUGGAAUUGCAAGCAAUACGAUUCCUGGGCCGCCAUCAAUAGUAGGAUGCGAAGCUCAAGCGGGCCCCGCGGCAGCUGUGCCUCAAGAACACGACCGACACCAGCGACCGAGAGACGCCACAGCUUACACCUCCAGCAUCGAGAUCUGCAGACGAACUCCAACAAUGAAGAGACGAGUGCCCUGGAGACUCAGCGUGCCCGCUAUGGCGGAGCCGUCGCCCUUCAAGAUCCGACACUACAGGCUCAACCCCAGAUGCUCUUUUCCUCUCAGUCAGACGACGAGUUAUACCCUGAUGAUUCAGCGAGUUGUGUUGGACAACUAG